CUCUCAGUCUGUUACGUGGUAGGGGAGCGGGACUUUGGAGUAGGACCCACUUUUCCCACAGAACUGCCAUCCCGCCCGCGGCCCAAGCCUGCAGCAGCCUAUCGCGAGACUUUGACACUCCAGAGUCUUCACCGGCCGGACCCCAGAAUCGAAUCCUGCACCCAACCCGACCGGCCGAACUGGAUGAACAAGCAUUAUUGACCGUCGCAUCCGACCGCCGUCCAAAAAAGUGUUACUAUACGUGCCAUUACGGAUUACUGCCGGUCUGUCUCGAUGACUUCGUCGUGAUCGCUGGAUUGCUCCUCCCUCCUGCAUUUCGCUGAUCUGCCAGGCAGGCGACAUUAAGAGCGCCCGAGGGAAGAAAAAAAAAGUUCGCACAGCCGUCUAUUUCUUUUGCAACCACAGGCGCUCGCUUGACCUUGGGCUCUCCCUCCAACGACGACCAAGUCACCCCUCGACAAACUUGAGCUUGUCAAGCCAGUCCGAUCGGGGCGAUCGAGGCGCUCAUUGCCCAUCAAACCUCGACCUAGUGCAAAACACGCGUCUGUCCAAGACUUGAAUGAAUUAAUUUGAACACAUAUCCUACACUCUUAUCACUACAGCGCGAAAGGACUGCAAGGCAGCCUUUUGUCGAUCCAGUCGCUCCCACCGAAGGCGAAUUUUCCCCGGCCAGAUUUCGUGUUAUUUUGCGCGGCGCGCGCGCCUUGCAGGGCCCUGUGAAAAGUGGCGACAUCCUCCCUGCCCGGCCUAGCGAACGGCCAACUAUCUCUACAGCAGCACCUGGAUCUUGCCAACCAGAUUGCGCAUCAUUCCGGAGUCGUCGCCUACGGCAGGCGCGCGCCGUUGACAAUGACGCAACCUUUACCUCCGCAGCCGACCGACAAGCGGCGCGUCAAAGUCUAUGAAUUGCGCAACAAUGAGUGGUAUGACCGUGGCACGGGAUUCUGCACGGCAGCAUAUAUUCCCAUAUCCGAUUCCCCCGACGAAGAUACCCCGAGGGAACCUAGAGUCAUCGUUGAGUCAGAGGAUCAUCCUGACCGGGUGCUACUCGACGUUCGAAUAUGCAAGGAGGACGGUUUCCAGCAGCAGCAAGACACACUUCUAGUAUGGACGGAGCCAACCAAUGGUGUGGAUAUGGCUCUGAGUUUUCAGGAAGCCGAGGGUUGUAGAUUGAUAUGGAAGUUUGUGAGCGGGGUUCAGUCGUCUUUUCGUGGACAAAUGGCACACGAUGACAGUCUUUCGGAUGACCUCGCACUCGAUACCGGGCCUUCACUGCCCCCACCGGAGCUGGCAUCCUUGCCGGAGCUUGAGCACAGUAUGCGGAUGAUGGCAAGCAGUAAUACUGGCCGGGAAGCGCUCACCAAAUGCAUCAUGAGCGAGGACUACAUCGGCCGACUAAUACCACUCGUGGAAAUGGCGGAGGACCUGGAAAGCUUGGACGACCUCCACCGCCUCUGCAACAUCAUGAAGACGAUACUGCUGCUUAAUGACAGUGGUAUAAUCGAGCAUGCUGUCUCGGACGAAUGCAUAGAAGGGGUGGUCGGUGCACUGGAAUAUGAUCCCGACUUCCCCAGCCACAAGGCAAACCACCGACAAUGGCUCAAGAAUCGGAGUCGGUAUAUUGAGGUUGUCAAGCUGCAGGAUCCGGCCAUAUCAAGAAAAGUCCAUCAGACUCACCGAUUACAAUACCUCAAGGAUGUGGUGCUGGCCCGGAUUUUGGACGACCCGACGUUCUCUGUACUCAACUCGCUGAUAUUCUUCAACCAGGUUGACAUAGUCAAUCAUCUCGGCCAAGACCCGGAGCUUUUGAUGGAGCUGUUUGGGAAAUUCACGGAUCCGAGCGUGGAACCUCUUCGUCAAAAGGAGGCUCUCCAGUACAUACAGCAGUGCUGCGCCAUCGCCAAGAACCUACAGCCUCCGAUUCGGCAAUUGCUGUAUAAUAGUUUUAUCACGCAUGGUCUCCUGCACGUCAUCAACUUUGGACUGCGGCAACCAGACGUUACCGCACGAGUCGGUGCUACCGACAUUUUGGUCUCGAUGAUUGACCACGAUCCACAGAUGGUUCGGCAAACAAUUUAUCGCCAGAUCCACGAGAAUCAGCCACCCCUGACGGAUGCCCUCAUCGAUCUGCUACUGGCCGAGGUGGAUUUGGGCAUCAAAUCCCAGAUCUCGGAUGCUCUGAAGGUGCUUCUAGACCCCAACCCCCCUCCAAUGCCGCCAGAUGCCAGCAAGCCGAAUGGUGAACCACUGCCUAGACGACCCCAGGGACCAGACCCUGAGCAGGACGGCUUCUUGCAGCACUUUUACGACCACUCUGCAGCCAGGUUAUUCAGGCCACUGCUCGAGCUCGAGGGGAAAACCGUUCUCAAGUUCUCCGUGGCAGAUGAUGGUGUUUUCAACUACCUCAACGAUAUCCUCUGCUUUUACAUACGUCAGCACAUGCACCGCUGUAAGCUCUUUAUACUGCAGAACAACAUUUCACAGCGCUUCUUGCAACUACUUGCAUGCGACCAGAAGCAUGUGCAACUUGUUGCCAUAAGAUUCUUCCGUCAGCUGAUCGCGCUGAAGGAUGAAUUCUGGAUUCGUCAGAUUGCCGAAAAGCAGGUUCUCGGCCCAAUCCUGGACGUCCUGAUAGGAGUUCUUCCCAGAGAUAACCUGUUAGGAUCUGCUUGUUUAGAUGUCUUCGCAUUUAUACACCAAGAGUCGAUCAAGGACUUGGCCAGGCACCUUGUGGAGACGCACCGAGAGAAAGUACAGUUUCUCACAUGUUUGUCGCUUUUUAGGGAUAUACUUGAUAUGUACGAUAAGCCUCAGGGUAACUACUCUGCUACUAUAGAUGGCUACUUUUACGAUUCGGAGGAGAGUGUGUUGGUGCCCCGGCCAAACCCGGCCAACACAAGGGGCAUGAUGGAGCACUUGGCUGUGGACCCGGACGAGGAGGCGUUUUGGAACGGAUCGGACGAGGAAGAGGAGCUGCAGACACGGGCCGGUCCACCUCUUCAGGUGUCAGGAAACGGUGCCGUCGGUCCCAAGCCGCUGGUUGACUAUGCAUCUGAUGACGACGUGGAUGAGAAUGGAGACACGGAGGUGAAACCGACGCCCUCGGUCGAGGUUGAUGAAGCCAAAGCUGUUGUUUCAGAAGACGACAGCGAGGGCCCCGUUUGGACACCGACAAGCAGCGUCGGACCGCCACCCGAGCGUCUAUCAGAAAAACGCCGACGGGAGGAGGACGAGGAGGACGAGAUUGACAAGCUCAUGCAAACAAACAAGCGACGGAACAGCAGUUCGGCGACUAUGAAACCGGCCACUGGCCUAGCAGCUGGGCCUGUUCGUCGCAGCAGGAGCCUCACCGGGCGCGAUUCACCCUCCAACGGGAACAAGAAAAUCGCCAUCAGUAUUUCCCCGGCGCUGAAACUCGCUACUACUGGGCAGCCCGUGUCUGAAGACGGAAGCGAAUAAAAAUGGCACAGUUCUCCCGUUCCACAAUUUGAAGCGAUUGCACGUCUAUACGCAAUGAUAUCCUGUCCUGUGACGCUCUCCACAGAGACAUCCAGAGGCAGCGAAGAUGUAUCUCUCAACCAGUAUAUGUGCGAGCACUCUUUCCGUUUUUUUUUUCUUCCUCUUUAUUUCAUUUUGACAAUAUGGCGUUGGCUUCCGUCUUAUUCUGUAUUCAACAUCGAUCGGCCUUGAAUCACUUGUUGUUUUUUUAGCUGCGGAACAGGAAACGGCGGAAUAUUGGGGGCGCAAAAAUGGGACACUGGUUUUUCGCUCCCUGGUAAACGGGGAGGUGACAAGGAGCUUUUUUUCGCAGGAAUGCAGGAUUCGGUACAAAAAGUCUAAACAUCGAGCCUAUAUACAACUCCCCCAAGUGGGAUAGAUUUGCAAAGCAAAGCCAUGUACGCGGUGGUUGUCAAUAUAUUCCAGUGGACAUCUAGGCCAUGGUGAGACAUGAAAUUUACGCACCUGAAGAAUAGGUAUUUAUUUAACUAAGUCGUAC